UCCCUCGCGCUGUGCUCGCUGUGCGGGUUUCGAGUGGAGGUUGAGGUUGAAGGGGCGGCUCGGGUUCGCUGAGACGACCCUAGACGGACGAUGGCGGAGGGAGAUAAUCGCAGCACCAACCUGCUGGCUGCAGAGACUGCGAGCCUGGAGGAGCAGCUGCAGGGCUGGGGAGAAGUGAUGCUGCUGGCCGACAAAGUGCUGCGGUGGGAGAGAGCCUGGUUCCCACCCGCCAUCCUGGCUGUGGUCUCCCUGGUGUUCCUGAUUAUCUACUAUCUGGACCCAUCUGUCCUGUCCGGUGUUUCCUGCUUUGUUAUGUUUUUGUGCUUGGCUGACUACCUUGUUCCCAUUCUAGCACCCAGGAUUUUUGGCUCCAAUAAAUGGACCACUGAACAACAACAGAGAUUCCAUGAAAUUUGCAGCAAUGCAGUGAAAACUCGGCGCAGAGCUGUGGGAUGGUGGAAACGCCUCUUUACACUGAAAGAAGAAAAGCCUAAAAUGUACUUCAUGACCGUGAUCAUCUCUCUUGCGGCAGUCGCUUGGGUGGGCCAGCAAGUCCAUAACCUGCUCCUCACCUACCUGAUAGUGACUUUCUUGCUGCUGCUUCCUGGACUGAACCAACAUGGAAUCAUUUCGAAGUACAUUGGAAUGGCCAAAAGGGAGAUAAACAAGCUCCUCAAGCAAAAGGAAAAGAAAAAUGAGUAGUGCCCGUGCUCGUGCAGGGUGGUUAGCGAAGUAUGCGUUGUCCCCAGACACCGUUUCUCCUUUGCUAUCCGAUACUAAAAUGUUAGAGAAGUCGAUCUUUGCUCUCCCUCACUCUGCCCUUGGUUAAUGAAAAUUCAGACUUGCCGACUCAGACUCUGUGCAUGGUGCCUGCUUGUCCUGUGUAGCUGGGUGCAUUCUCAUCAGUUGGCCUUACACGGACACCUCUUUAGUGAGUAUGAUUUGCUUUGAUUUUUCUCAACCAGCAUUAAUUCAUAGACAACAUUACGUUUAGGCACCUUCCUCUAAAAUAACACAGUGAUGAACUUUGCCCUUUAGUCCAGUUCACAGCGACUUGGGAAACUGCUGGAAGUGACCUUUGCUUUAGCUAACACAGGAUCGUGGUCUGUGGCUGCAGGAAGCCACCUGCUACAGGGCCGUCCGACUUCGUGACUGUAGAGACCAAAUUCACCACUUCUGAUGAUGAGACCAAUUAAGAACCAUUCCUCAUUCUGUUUUUUUACAGUGGGAGAAGAAUCCCCAGGGAAUAACAUGCACCAAUUCCAGGUUUCUCCCAUGUACAAAACUUAGAAAUUUAGAAGAGACACUGGCACUUCCUCCCAGCAGGGAAUAUGACAGGCCUAGCUGUCUUGGCCCCGUGCACUUAGACCGGGGCUAGCAGAUCUUCGAAGGCAGACUGCCAAAAGACGAGAUUCAGGAUGGUUAGCGUGCUUUGGACUUCUGAUCUGCAGCUGACUUCUAAAGUGCACAGCAGGCUAAGACAUGUCUGACCCCUGCUCCAAGAGCAGCCCUUGAAGGACAACAGUCUCUCUGUGUUUAGUCAAGAUUCAUUGCAGUAGGAAAUCAUCUAAUUUUACUGGUUCCUGAGACCAGCAGGAGUCUAAAGGCAAGGCAGCACCAGCCCUUGUCCCAGUCUCUGUAGGUCCGGCACAGCACUCGGCUUGUGUGUGACUUUUUUUUUCUAGAUAAUUCUGUGAAAAAUGCAAGGGCUGCUGGUGAGAGCAGACGUGGAGUGACGAUCAUUGAACCCUGGUCUACAUAGGUGUUGGAACUCCUUGGAAAGUUUCUUGUGAUCAUUCUUGGUAGCUAGUUUAGAGUGGUUGAUAUCUGUGGGAAUAAACCGCUAAGGGCCAAAAAUGUGAACUAUUUGGGAACAAUACUUAAACGAUUAACUAGCUGUAAUAUAGUUUUGUGAAUUUAUUGCACUGAUGCUGUAAACCCUGUUCCCUGUGGUAUAUCUGUCCCUGAGUAGCUGUUGUUUCCCGCCUUUCAAUUUCGCUGUGAACAGUGGCUCCCGUUGUAGCACGUGUUUGUUUUAAUGUUUCAUAUAAAAACUACCUGAAUUUUGUGUGUUUCCUCCUUGUAAAUAAGCCUGUCUUCCUAUGCAGAUUUUUUUGUGAAUAUGCGUUCUACCAAUUAACUACUUUUGCAGUUUUAAUCCUGUAUUAUUUCUUCUACUUUGUUUUGUGUAAAAGGGGAAAAAUAAAAAAGCUGGAAUCUC